ACAAAUAGCCAUUACCCGUGUCCGUAAAAAAGGGGAAGGGCAGUAGCUGUCUGGUGAUUAGUUGUGGAGUUUUUGAGGCGAUAGCUGCUUGCAUAAACAGACGGACGGACGGUAUACUGCUCUACUCGCAAAGAAAGGUUGAGUAGUCAAUAACUGCGUGUGUAUCAUCACAUCCAAUGAAAAGAUCAGACGUCAAAAGAAGUCAACCGUGUCAUCUAGCUCACCCAUCACAAAUAUUUCCUUGGUUUGGGCUUUGCGUACGUAUCUUCAACUCAUUUCUGUCGACGGAUUUUAAAGACAUUCUGAGCCGCCAGACGCCUAGUCUUAUAUUCGCACGAACUCCUGCGUUGUGACGACUCCUUGUGACGUAACAAAAUAACAGUUCUCAGAUACUUCACAUCCACUUCUUCAGCAGAUUUCUCCUUAGUGUUUUCCCUUGUAAAGCUUCUGACUUUAACUGCCGCAAAAUUGAAAUGCUUUUAAAAGUGAAGGUGUGAAAUCACUCUAUGUUGUCUAUUAUUGACGCCUCCAAAACGUGGUCUUGGUGAUGAGCCAUUAGAAAUAGGCAAUCGCUUCAAGCUGUGAUGAACAUUUGGAAACUGGACCUCUUACAGAUUCAUUCGCUGUGCUUCUCUGAGCGGCAAGGCAACACGACGUCAGCAUGAAAUUCAUCUUCCGUGGGACGGUUUUAUUUUGGUGCAUCACUUCAAUUCUGGCCCAGUGGGAUUGCAUUAGCUUGUUAAAUAGAGGAGAGUACUACGGAAAUUCAACUAAUUACUGCGAUAACUUUGAAUGUGGUUUACCUUGCAGGGAAAAUGUUCUUCAAAAUGUCUGUGAAAUCACGGAGGGUGAACUUUUACCGUCCUGUGUUACCGAAUUAGAAGAUACUUUUACAUGUGACGUACCUCCUUGUUAUGAACACGCUGGGUGCUACCCUCCGAGCACAAACGGGACAGACUAUCGAGGGAUAGCCCGGUACACCGAGAAUGGAUACCGGUGCCUCCGUUGGAAUGACGUCAUAGUUGAAUCUUGGAAUGUGUCCAUGUAUCCCGAUACAGAAUUUGAAAACAAUUAUUGUCGGAAUCCUAAUAAUCGUGAAAGGCCGUGGUGUUUUUACAUGGAUCGUAACGGUUCAUUGGAGUGGAGUUACUGCCAUAUACCUGCAUGUAAUUCUACGAUACUAUCCGAGUUCACACGCAUACCAAACUUGUACAAUUCAAGGUUCCCCGAUCCUCCCGGGAUUAGUUAUGAUGCCACGUACUUUGAGGAGUUCACUUUUGAUAUGGAGGAGAAGUGCGCCCGCUUGUGUUUAGAAGAGACAUCGUUUACAUGUCGUCAGUUUCACAUGGCGAUCGCGACGCGAUACUGUGAGUGGCUGGAGUAUGGCGAAUACCACAUACUUAGCCGGGUGGACUAUCGCUACGAUUCAUUUGGAGAUGUGUUUCUAAGAAAAUAUACUUAUUGCGACGGAUUUUACGUGGAUGCUGCUCAUGGCGCCUGCACUUUACCACUGGGAAUGGAAUCCAGUUGGAUACCAGAUGCUGACAUCCAAGCCUCCAGUUUUCUUGAUGAAGACCACGCCCCUCACUUUGCACGUCUCCAUGGUGACUCUUCCUGGAUACCCCAUCCAAGCGAUCGCAAUCCAGCUAUUCAAAUCACGUUUCCAGAGCGAAUGGUCAUUUCAGGACUCCUUAUGCAAGGUGGAGGGCAGGCAGACAACUUGUAUACCUCAUUGUUCCACCUCAAUUUCCAUGUAGAGGGAUACGACCGUUUUGUCUAUUAUCAACGAUCAUUCGAUGAGGUUGCCAGCAUACAGUUCUCAGGCAAUGCAGAGUCUACCUGUGUGCGCCAGGUCUUCUUCGAGCGGCCUAUCUGGACCCAUGCGAUCCAGGUCUGGCCCUUUGUUAAUACUGGUCCUGUCGCUCUUAGGCUAGAGUUCUUUGGAUGUCGAGAUAAUGGCUGUGAUGAAAGCAUUACAGAAGGAAUCGGUUCAUCACCUUCUGAUCGUAUCGAGGAAUCGACUUUUCAAGAUUUUGAGCACACUUCGAGUAUUGCCCGAUUAAACCCAUUCAAACAGGGAGAGACUGGGUGGAUACCUUGGUUCCUUGACAUAUACCCAUGGAUCGAGGUGACGUUCUCCUCUGGACGUAAUAUUGCUGGCAUGAUGUCUCGUAAGUGCGGGGACGAAAUUGUAGGUCUUGGAUGGCUGACCCGAUUUGACCUAACAUGGGCUCUUCCGGGAUAUACUACUCCUCUUGAUGCUGGACAACAGGAAACACUCAAUGAUCUCUCUCUUAAUUAUACUGGAGGAGGAUCGCUUGCUCGCCUCUACUUCGAACAGAUGUUGAUCAACACUCAAGUGGUUCGAAUAAAUCCUACCGCCUGGGGAGGAGACUAUAGAUGCUUCACAAUGGAUCUCAUGGGAUGUGAUCAUAGCGAAUAUUCUACGAGCCUUGAUGACCCCGAUCAUGACCGUCUGAUUGCCAGUGUAACCUGUAUGGGAUGUAAUACAGAUACUCUAUCACAAUGGCAUCUUCAUCAGCAUGCAGCAGAUGCUUCAAGCGGAAUUGAAUUCGCAUUACAAACGGAAAAAUGGGUCCAAAUCGAUUUUAACUCUAUAUUCCUAGUAUCAGGGUUAGUCAUCCAGGGAGGAACUGAAAGAUAUUUUGUUAUACUUUCCGAUCUUGAGGAUCACAUUGAUGAAUACACAAUCAGUUAUCAGACAAACUUCGAGGACUACGAAUCCGGCUCUUGGCGAAAAUAUUUGGAUAUAACAGGUUAUCAUGUGGUGUUUUCUGGCCUCCGGGAUCCAUUUGGAGAAACUAUUAACCACUUCGAUCGCCCCUUCAUGGCUGUGCGGCUUCGAAUAAAUCUACGUCAAAAUGAAAACAUGAAUGAGGGUAGAGUGCGCUUCAGAGUACGAGGUUCUCAACUAACUGAUAUCACGCAGAUCUGUGGUGCCAGUGAGAUCCUCUACGAUGGCUACUGUAUCGGGGUAAUAGGGACCGAAGACGAGGGCAUGUGUAAUGAUGUCUUUCUACCAGGCAGCUUACCUUUAGCCAUCAAGUCUGAAGACAUCCAGAACCUUCUCUUGGCGAACAGGGAACGUUUACCCUUGGCUAGUGCACUAGUCAUUGGGCUACGAUCGGAUGAGAAAGGAACUUACAGUUGGGCAGACGGGACUCCGGUUCUUUACAAUAAUUUUGGGCCUAACACUGUGACGACGGCAGGAAUGGAACAGUGUGCUUUCAUUAACUUCUACAACUGUUUUGAAUGGGAGUUGUAUAAUUGUGUCCCGGAUGAGAGGUCGACAGUAUGUCAAGCUGAUUUAAAUGAGUGUUUGGUACCACAGCACAACUGCACACAAGCCUGUGUAAAUGACGUUGGUGGAUAUCACUGUUCAUGUGAUGAUGGCUAUAGACUUGAAGGAGAAUCUGAUUGUGAAGAUGAAUGUAUAAAUUCAUUUGAUCGUAAAUAUCAAAGAUGGAUAAGCAUUGGAUCUGGUACAUGUAUGCUACCCUCUCUGUUGAAAGGAACGAAUGAGGAGGCUAGGAAUACAUGUGAGCUACUUUACGGAAGACUACCAACUUCCUCAGAAGUGUUCCGUCUACAGGAUGUUUUCAACAUUACGGAGAGUAUUUUGUGGGUGGAACCGCAUAAAGCAUCGAACGUCACCCCCGUCUGUUACGCCACUAAUGGGUCACGAGCUGGCAAUGUUUCAGCAUGGAUGACAACCUGCAACGAGACGCUGGAUUAUGUGUGUAUCAAAAGCGUGUCUAACACCAGGAUUCAAGAUCUGUUGGACGAAGGCUUGGAUUAUUAUGCUCUGAAUGUAUCCUAUGGGUACAUCGAGCUACGAGCAUUCGCCCCGUGGUAUUAUACAGGAAGAAAGAUAACUCUAUUCAUCUCCGGAACACAUGACUUGCAAAUAAGGUUAGAUAUCAAAUACAUGAAUCUGCGAACCUUUAUCAACAGUAACCAAGGUAACGGCUGUAUGGACAGACUUGCUAUCUAUGACCCUCAGAGAUACAGCUUCCGUGAGGUAUGCGGCAAUCUACCACCGUUCCGAAUCAUCAUGCCAACUCCCAUCAUACUCGACUUAACGAUCGGACCUCUCCAAGCUACCAUGGCACCACUGGGAUUUAGCUUAUACUACGAGAGUGUUGAUUGCUCAAGAGAUCAGUGCGUUACGGGAUGUGGGGGAAGUACUCUGGUGUACGGCGGUUGGCAAGAUGGCGUCUUAGAAACCGCUCCCUUCCCCUCCAUUUUUUCACCAUUCAGUGAAUGUUCUGUGCAAAUAUCAGCACCACCUGAUAAAUACAUCGCCAUCGAAUUUACUGACUACAGGAUCAACGUAGGAGCAAGUGGAGACCAGUGCAGUGACAGUGUAGGGAUUAAAUCAGAUGAAUGGUUAUACCCGAUUGAGAGGCAGUGUGAAGGGUUCCCACCACUCUUUAUCACCAAUACCAGUCAAGUGAAUGUUCGUCUCGUUCUCGGUUUGACAAAGAUCUCUGAAGGGUUUCAAGCGAAUGUAACUUUCAUUGAUAAACCCGGAUGUUUUGAGAGCAGUUUUGACCAAUGUUCAUCACUCUUAAACGAGUGUGGUGGAAGUUCUGGGAUCAUCAUAUCACCUAACUACCCAAUGCUGACCGUAGGUGUCAUGAGAUGUAGAUGGCGUAUAACAACUCCAGACAAUUCCUAUGUUCGUCUUCACUUCACAGACUUCUUCUUUCCAUCCGAUUGCCCCGAUCAUAGUGUGACCAUUUACGAACAAAAUACUGAUGCAGAUGUACAACUUGAUACGUUCUGCAGUGAGAACCCGCCCGGGGAACUUCUAGAGAGCAAUCUAAAUUCUGUCACGAUUGCUUUAAAUAAUGCCAUGGAAUAUAAAGGAAUACGAAUGAUGAUUGAAUACGAAGCUGCGUUCUUUGAAAAGCCGUAUUCAAAUGACUCUGAUACAGAGCACUCUUGCCCGCCCUCUACGGCAUCGAGCCCUGGCCACUGGGACUAUGUAAAUGGAUCCUGCUAUCAGUUUGUACAAUACUCGGAGAGAUUGACAUGGGAGGCUGCUGAAGAUCAUUGCCAGUCUACUGUUGAAAACGGUCACCUUGUCAGUAUCCGCAGCAGGGAUGAAGCAAUAUUUAUUCACUAUAUGAUGACGUCGCAUUGGCCUGUCACUGAAAGCGACACGUAUAUUGGUUUGGGUAACAGGAACUACAGAGGUAUCUUUCAAUGGACCGAUGGAUCACCUAUGACAUACACAGACUGGUAUAUCCCACCAUUCACGUCGGAUAGCGAAACUGUUCGACCGCUGAACGAGCCCGAUGGAGGAGGACUUGAAUCAUGUGUCCAAAUUAUCAUGACAAGCAUCCGAUCGACAGCUUUAUGGCGUACUAUUCCGUGUCUUGCACGGUCUGGUUCUCAGUUCAUUUGCAAGGUUACAGUCGUCUCAAAUAACAUAGAUAUCUCACGCACUAUCUCAGUUGAACUUGACUUCAUAAACCCGUCCAAUAUACCUGAAUGCCCAGCUACUAUGAUUACAUGUGGGACUGGUGAGUGUGUGCACAGUGUGUACACAUGCGACCGUCUUCUAGAUUGUGCUGAUGGUACCGAUGAACGUAAUUGUCUCGAUGAUGUGGGAUGUUCUUCUACAAGUUACACAUGUAACAAUGGUGAAUGCAUUUCAAUGUCCUUUUAUUGUGAUAACGUGACGCACUGCGUGGAUGGGUCGGAUGAGCUGGAUUGCGCACCCUACAACUGCAAUACGGGCGAAUUCCUGUGUGAUAACGGUCGAUGUAUAGCAUAUGGGCUCAAAUGUGAUUUGGUGGAUCAUUGCUUUGACAACUCUGACGAAAUGUAUUGCGGAUCUGGAUCAGAUAACAGGUUCACGUGUUAUAACGGUGACGAACAUCCACUCUCCGUUCAAUGUGAUGGGAUCAUUGACUGCAUUGGGAGCUCUGCAGAAGAUGAAUUGGAAUCGUGUGACUACAGACGACUGAAUCAUAACUGUGCCGAUCAAGAGAUUGAGUGUAGUAAUGGUGUAUGUGUGGAUACAGGUUCCCGAUGCAUCUAUGACAUCAACCCUAGUCAAUACAUCUCUGGAUGUAGAGAUGUUUCUCAUCUUAGGUCAUGCGGGGACUUCCAAUGUCCGGACUAUUCUAUUAAGUGUCCUGGUUCCUACUGCAUACCGUUGAGGUUCCGUUGUAAUGAUGUAUGGGACUGUGCGAAUGGAGAAGAUGAGCUGGAAUGCGAUCGUUUUGUAUGCCCACCGGGGACCUAUAGUUGCAGAAGCAGCAGCACCUGUAUACCAUUGGUGGAGGUCUGCGAUGGAAUUCGUCACUGUCCCGAGGCUGAUGACGAACAAUUCUGCGGUGUAUCAUGUCCGCGUGGUUGUAACUGUACUGGACUGGUCUUUUUAUGCGGCCUCCCAGACAUUGAAGAAAACCCUUCUUUCAUCUUCUCAGUGACAGCGAAGAAGAUUGUCAUUACUGCAGCACCUCUCAUCCUCACAUCAAACGAUGCUACAACAGAUCAAAUCAUUCCCAUAUCAGGUGAUCAAGACGAAGAUCACGUGACAUACUAUACUCCCUUUAGGCCCUCCGACUAUCCAUUCCUAGCUGAGCUAGAGCUGGUAGAUACUGAUAUAAAGACGAUUCCUGCCUCAAUCUUCACUCAAAAUCAAGAUCUGUACUAUCUCUCUCUUUGUCAAAAUCCAAUUGAGACGAUCGAGCUAGGUGCUUUCACGAAUUUGACCAAGCUACGGGUAUUGGACAUACGCGAAUCGUCUAUACCUAGUAAUGAAGCUAUUCGAAAAGCCUUGCAGCAAAUACCGUCUCUUCACACAGUGUAUGCAGACAGCUUCGCGUUUUGCUGCAUGCUGGAUUUAAAUCCCGCCGAUGAGUUUGCUACUACAGGAUGUUUCGCACCAAUCAAUCAGUUCUCAUCUUGUGAUGAUCUCCUCAAAGACAAUACACUUCGCGUCUUCAUGUGGAUCCUAGGUAUCAGUGCCCUGGCAGGCAAUCUAUGCACUAUCGGACUACGAGUGUUCCGUAGGAAAGUGGUCACAUCUACACGAAUCCAGGCCAAAUUGAUUACUCACUUAGCUGUAUCCGAUCUAUUGAUGGGUAUCUACAUGUUGAUCAUUGCCAUAGCUGAUCAGUACUACAAGGGAGAUUACGCGAUACAUGAAGACACAUGGCGGGGAAGCGUGGUGUGUCGUGUCGCUGGUUUCAUGUCUGCAUUGUCUAGCGAAGUGUCUGUCUUUAUCGUCAUGCUCAUCAGUAUAGAUCGAAUCCUCUGCAUCGUGUUCGCACAGCAUCACCAUGUACAACUUUCAAAUAAGUCCUCAACAGUGUGGCUUGCUGUUGUGUGGGCUACUGCUCUAGUCUUAGCGAUUGUGCCAGUCUUUUCGCUGGAAUACUUUGGUCAGUUCUACGGCAGAUCAAGCGUAUGCCUGGGGCUUCCUCUAUCGACUGAUAGACCACCGGGAUGGGAAUAUUCGCUUGCUUUAUUUUUGGGACUGAACUUGGUUUGUUUUAUAGUGACUGCUUUCUGUUACGUAGCCAUUUUUGUCACUGUUCAUAGAUCGGCCAGGAAUUUUGCAAAUGCUAAAGAUGGAGGGAGGCACGUCAAAAACGGCGCAAAUGUGCAGGUCAAAUUGGCAACGCGAAUGGCGAUGAUCGUGGGUACAGACUUUAUAUGUUGGAUGCCGAUCAUCAUCAUGGGAUUACUAACAACUACUGGAGCCGUCGAGAUACCUGCAGACGUAUACGCAUGGACAGCCGUCUUUAUUCUCCCACUCAACUCAUCUCUUAAUCCGUAUCUCUAUACGAUCUCCACCAUUUGGCAACAUCGUAAGGCCAAGCAGAAACGGAAGUCUCUGAGAGAAUCUGAUGGAACUCAAUUAUCAUCUGUUUCUGCCGCUGUCGCCGUUUUGCCGGAAAGAAGGCAGAUUCCUCGUGCUCUUCAGGAGAAGUACACUCACCUUACUUGUCAGUGUAUACUCACACCUUACAACGCUCCCACCAUCAAUAUGACUGUCGUACCACUAUCCAAAUACAUCGAAGAUAAAGGACAACCGCCCUCUGUUGUUGACUCUUCACUCAUCUUGAGUGAUGUGCGCAAGGCGAUUUCCUACCUCAAAUCGAUAUCGAUUACCAAAUUCAAGGUUACUGAAGAUCAGAUUGCUCUUCAGUUGAACUCAAAUGAUGAAAUUGUCCGUGCAUUUCUCAUGAAUUCUGACACGGUCCUGCUACAAACACUCUCUAUUCCUCACUCUGAAACAAAGGAAAGUAUUCACAGUGAUUUCAUGGCUACUUUCAUGGACAACAUCAAAGACUUGGAAACAGAAGGCGACGCACCAGUUCAGAAUGGACAGAGAUAUAGGAAGAAGAGUGAUUUGGUUCAGCUAAUAGGAGAUCAACAAUAGGGGAUGAACUAAUGAAGACAGUAUCAAGUCUCCUAAUAGUUGAAUUGCCACACGCCCACUGGUGUGCUUUCGUGAUUUUACAAGCUCAAAAGCUAACGUCUGUGUUAACGAAUUGCUCUCAAUAAAACUGUCAUGUAGGGAGAACAAAAUAAGUGUAAUUAUAUCCUAUUUUUGUCUUUUCUACACAAAUUCAAAGAAUUCCUUCCUAUACCCGGGGUAGGUAUGUAAGAGUUCCUUGAAUAUGUAUCGGCAAUACAACACCCUACGUUUAUCUCUUCUGGAUCAAGUGUGGCAAAUGUAGAUCGGUGUCGAGCCAAUAAAUUUGAGUUACGAAGAAGGAUUCUAUAUCUAUUGAGCCUAAGUGACACCUCCAGCUCCAACUCAGCUCUUAUUGUACAUCAUGUUUCAAUAGACCGGCUUACUAACAUAUUUAAAUUGUAUGCAUACUGUUUAAAGAAGGGUUGUUCUUGACGAGGCUUACCUUACCGUACAUAGCAACAAGUAAUGUAUGCAGACUGGAUUCCGAGUAGUGUAGUUCAUUCAUCAAUAACAGUUUAAUUGAAUACAUCGUUACCAGGAAAGAAACAUCCAUACAUUUGAAUAUGUUAGUAAACCGGUUUAUUACUGUGAAAGAGGUCGAGUAGCCUUUCUUUGAUAAACAAACUUAUAUUGCAAAUAGGUUGACAUAUGUUGUCGAAGUUUUGGUUUGCUUAUAUUCUAGGUGUGUUGUAAUGUGUCUAUGUGUUUCAACGACAAAAAUAAUGAUAAAAAGAGACAAAAGUGAAUUCGGGUACAUACAGCCAAUGUUUUUUUAUUUUAAUUUUAUUUAUGAUGCAACACAAUUUCAUAAACAAAUUAUUUCAUUUUUAUGACGUUUUAAUAUUCUGAUCUUUUCAUCUUUUGAUUUUGCAUUUAUUUAUUUGCUGUCGAGACAAAAGGGUUUUUAUAAUUCGUUGUAAUGAAAUAUGAUUCCUUACUCAAGCUACAUUUUGUGUAGAAAAAAUAAUUAUCUUACUUUCAUUGAAUUCAGUUGCCUGGCCAAUUAAAAUGUUUGUACUUUGUUAAGUGACUGUACUUUGAGUAAACAUAAAUGCAAAGAUUCUUGUUCUUCUACUAUUUCUUGUUGUUCUUAAUCUUCUUUUCUUCAUCUUUGUCCCUCUUUCAUUUUUCUCCUCUUUUUCUUCUUUCUUAACUAGUUUUUCUUGUAUUUUUUUUUUGGUGGAGGGAGGCAGUGUUGCUUUUUGCCAUUCUAAUCUAUUGUUUCUCAGCGUUAUGACCGAGUUGUCAAUUCGACUCAAGUAGAUAGUGAUCGUAAUAUUACUAUAGAUCUGUCCCCCCCCCAAAAAAAAAAAAAAAAAAAUAUGUAUACACAUGUAUUUUAAAGAUUCUUUAAAAUACAUGUGUAUGAAGUGCACUGUCGUGGAUUUUUAUUUUAAUUUGUUUUAAUCAUUAUAUAUAUAAAUAAUUUAACAAAUUUCAAUUUUGAAAAUAAUUCUUCACGGUAAUAUACCAAUUGAAAAAAAGGAGUUGGAAUAAAAUUCCUUGAGAUUUCAAUUCUUCGCUAUUUCAAGUUACGUUUUUAGAUAGUAAAUUAAAAAUGUCAUAUUACAAACAGGUGCAAUUAACGAACGAUGCGUUCAAGCGCAUUUCGCUAAAAUGGCGCUUUGCCUGGCAAUGGAAUUAUCCUAUUUUACUGUAACAUCAUUGACAAAA